AUGACCAAUCGUAUUUACUCUGCGUUGUACUCCAAAAUAGCAAAUCCACAAAAUUCUUCAGAGGAUUCUGCUUUAUUACCUGAACCAUUACUCAGUUUUUUGAAGUCAAGUAAUACAGAUGGAUCACAGAAUUCUACUAAGGAAUCUAUAACUCCCGCUGAAAUCGAGGCACAAGGUCGUCUUACGUCUUGGUUUUAUCAAGCUGAUGCUGAUCCUUUAAUGCUUAAAGGCAUGUCUCGACAGCAGCGUCUAAUGGGGUUUUUCUUAUGUCUUCUUUCAGCGUCGUUGUGUCUUUGUUUGGCGAUGGUUUUUUUGCCAGUUAUUGCAACACCUUUUGGUAUGCGUAAAUACGUACUGUUGCAUACACUUGGUAGUAUUUUAUUAAUUGGGAUUCUCACUAGACUCUUUGACUGGUUUGGAUUUUUCAGUAAACUCUUUUUUGAGAAUGAACAAAUAGGUGGUCACAAGGGUCCUGCGGUUAAUCUACCUGACUUUUUCAGUUUGUUUUUUGGUGAGAACGGGAAAAAACCCUCUGCUAGAAGGAGCAGAAGCGGUGGCGGUGGUAAUGGAGGCCUUCUAAGGUUAUUUUUCGCUCCGUAA